UUGCAGAAAGAGAACAGUCCCCGGAGAAGUGGCAGUUUCCUCUGCAGUCAAAGGAAGACAACACUCACCCUUUUCCACACCAAGGAGGCCUCCGUGCGCCCCGACCUGUGUCCAUAUGGCCCUGUGCAGACACUGACUCCAUCCCAUUUGAAGACCGGCCGCUUUCCAAACUGAAGGAGUCGGACAGGUGCUCGGCCAGUGAGAACCUGUACUUGGAUGCUUUGUCCCUGGAUGAUGAACCAGAGGAUCCGCCACCCUCAGGAACUGCCUUGCCGAGUCAGCCGGCUUUCACGCCUCCACCAACAUACCCACACUCGGACUUACCCGGGAUGGGCCAGUUCUUGAACUUCAGUGGGGAGGUCCUCUACGGGAGUUCAGGAGAGCCGUUUACUCAACCAGCUUUAGAGUCAGUGUUCCUGGCUCAGAGAAGAAGUUGCAAGGGAAAUCUUCAAAGGGCUGUGUCCGUGUCCUGUAUGUCUGAAUUCCAGCGUCUGAUGGACGUCUCCCCAUUCCUGCCUGAGAAGGGCCUGCCGUCUGCCAGCAGCAAGGAGGAUGUCACUCCGCCCCUGUCCCCCGAUGACCUGAAGUACAUCGAGGAGUUCAACAGCAAAAACUGGGACUACACUCCCCCCAGGACUGGGACUGAUAGGCCUCCAGACCCCUGGGCAGACAGGACCGAGGUGGGGCGGGUAGGACAGGAGGCCACCACAGAGCCUUUCCCUGACUCCUCCUGGUACCUGACCACAAGUGUCACCAUGACGACGGACACCAUGACCAGCCCGGAGCACUGCCAGAAGCAGCCCCUGCGGAGCCACGUCCUCACCGAGCAGUCUGGGGUGCACGUAUUGCACAGCCCACCUGCCAUCCGCCGGGUGGACAGUCUAGUGUCGGGCGGGGAGGGCCGGAGCCGAGGGGACCCCGAGGGCCCCUUCCCCGUGAGUAGAGCGAGAGGGAACCUGGCAGAUGCCAAGGGAGGUCACCCGGAACCCGUGCUCAACAGGUGGCCUUGCGCCCCACCCAGGCACCCCCGAGACUAUGUGGAGGGGUCCCUCCGCCCCCUAGACAGACCCGUCUGCCCCUCCCUGGGGUUCACCUCCCCCCUGCACAGCCUAGAUAUGUCUAAGAACAUGAGCGAUGACAUGAAAGAGGUGGCCUUCUCUGUCAGGAAUGCCAUCUGCUCUGGUCCCGCUGAGCCACAAGUCAGGGAUAUGGCCUGCCAGACCAACGGGUCCAGGGCCGCAGGGACACAGACCAUCCAGACAAUCAGUGUGGGCCUGCAGACUGAGGCCCUGCGGGCCGGCGCCGGUGGCGUCGGCGGCGUCACCAGCAGCCCCCACAAGUGUCUCACACCAAAAGCGGAGGCGGCACACACCGUCCGGAGGCGGCACACACGGUUCUCCUUCCCGUGUAGAAACAGACCGGUGGCCCCUGCCAUCGAGAAGGUGCAGCAAGCUUUUGAACGCGCCCCUGCUCCCCAAAGGAUGGGUUCCCCCAAGCUUCAGAGAAAGCCCCUCUCAAAAGCUGACCAGCCAAAUAGCAGGACCUCACCGGGCAUGGCCCAGAAAGGGUUCAGCGAGUCGGCCUGGCUCGCUCCACCGUCUGUGCACACCACCAUCAACGAUGGCCUCUCCAGCCUCUUCAACAUCAUCGACACAGUUCUCGGGGUGCGAGCCGGGAGCCGCUCUCGCUCAGCGGAACCUCGCCAGGAGCUGGGUCCAGGCCAGGAAACGGGCACUAAUUCCCGAGGAGGUCGCCCAGCCCCUAGGGGUGGGCUCAGAGACGACGUGCCCGGGGAUGGUGGAGAGAGCACACCGGUGAGACAGGACUUAUCCGCGCCCCGCUACACACUCACUGAGAAUGUGGCCCGGAUCCUCAACAAAAAGUUGUUGGAGCAUGCCUUAAAGGAGAAGCUAGCCAGCACCCACAGCCCCUCAGGUCUCACCAGCGACAGCCACACCGGAGACGCAGGACCAGCUGAACCAGAUCCAUGGAGGUAA